CCUUGAGUUAAGUCUCAUUGUGAUUAUUUAGUACAAUGGCUCGUACCAAGCAGACUGCCCGUAAAUCUACUGGAGGAAAGGCUCCACGGAAACAGUUGGCCACCAAAGCCGCUCGCAAGAGUGCGCCAGCAACUGGAGGAGUCAAGAAACCCCAUCGCUACAGGCCAGGAACCGUAGCUCUUCGUGAGAUCCGUCGUUACCAGAAGAGCACUGAGCUCCUCAUCCGUAAACUUCCAUUCCAACGACUUGUUCGUGAGAUCGCCCAGGACUUCAAGACUGACUUGAGGUUCCAGAGUUCAGCUGUAAUGGCUCUUCAAGAAGCCAGCGAGGCUUACCUCGUUGGUCUCUUCGAAGACACCAACCUCUGCGCCAUCCACGCCAAGAGAGUGACCAUCAUGCCCAAGGACAUCCAGCUGGCUCGUCGUAUUCGUGGAGAGAGAGCUUAAGUUGUUUCAACUUA